UCCAGAAAAUCUGCCAAUCCAACGCCAGUGUGUCAGAUUAUCUGAGUUUUAGUAUAUAAUAAUGCUGGGUACCCCAUUACACUUCCUUAAUAACAGAUUCUUAAAUAGCGGGGUUACAUUUACAUUACAUUUGCUACCUUCCAGGCUGUGGGACAAUGGAUUCUCUCAAAGACACCGAAAAAUAGUCAGCAAUUAAAACUAACAGCAAAGAGACAUGAUAAAUAAAAGCUGCCAGUGUUACAAAUAACAUCCUCCUUAAUGUGGCUUCCUGCAUAGAGAUGACAGACUCUCUGAUAAGUUCCACAACUGAAUAAUGUUGUCACAAUAUAGAAAGUAGCAAGUCACACAAAUACAAUCCUAAAGCGGUUCCAACCAAUAUUAAAAAUGCCACACACGUUACAACGGUGAAUUGGGGCUUGUCUUUCUCAUGCUCAGGAUAUGAAUGUAAAGGAAUCACAUCCUGGAAAUUUUUAGAGUUUUCUCCCUUUUUCCCUGAACUUAGCGGCUCCACCUGGUACGUUCCCCUACACCUCAACAUUCAGGAAGGUAUCCAUGUCAAUCAUCGCUUUCCCAUGGGAACAUCAAUAUUUUGAGAUUGCCUCUGUAUUGGAGCCUUCAUGACCAAAGCUCUAGCUGAACUAAAGCUCUCCCUAGCCCCCAAUAGUGCCGUAACCAGGUAGGAAUGCUGGAGCAAGUGAUUUCAGUCACUACAACCUGUCGGGGAGAAGUAUUGCCAAAAGUAAGUGAAGCCCUGUGUAAACGGCAUCAGCAAUAAAAGCUCUAGCAGUUCAAGAGGUUCCAGGGCAGCGCAGUGACACAACCAGCAGAGCUACGGCCUCAGCUCCAGAGACCCGGGUUCAAUCCUGACCUCCUGUGCUGUUCGUGUGGAGUUUGCACGUUCUCCCCGUGACUGUAUGGGUUUCAACCCAAAGACGUGCCGGUUGGUAGGUUAACCCACACACACCCAGAAAUACUGGAGACAUGCUUUACUUCCCAGCUUUUUCUAACAUCCACGAAGAGUCUUCAUCCUGAGAAUGUUAACACUGUUUCCCCCUCCACGGACGCUGCCUGACCUGCCGAAGACUCCCAGCAUUUUCUGUCCUUAUAUUAGAACCACUAACCCGGUUGUCCCUCUCACACAUGCUGCCUGACCUCUCCAAACCAUCUGCCUGAAACGCUAACCGUUUCUCCGUCCACUUGUGAAGUUGCAAGAACACAGCUUCAACUUCUUUCCGUUUGUAUCUAAUCCCCUUUUCGACGUUAAUUUAGGAUGGCUUCCCGCCGCCUGCUCGGGCGGUGCAAAAGCGAGCGCAAGUAGUUGGAAAGUAACAUCAGUGGGAAUCGCUGGAGAUUUGGAGCAGGCGUUAUCCCGUCUGCCUUGUGUGGUAGAGGCGCUGCUGCCGUUCAUUGAUAUGCAGGCGCACUACUUCCGCUUAAGGUCGCUCCAGCCAGGAUCUCACUGAACGCACAGUCACAGAGAGAAAGUGGAAACUACACUUGAGGUCUGUGUAUCCUCUCGGGCCCGUCUGAAGCUCUCGCCGAAAUGGGAAACAUUGCGGUGAACCGUGCCUGAAAUUAACCGGCGGGCAGGAUGGAAAUUGACAGCAACCGAGACGGGCUGGUGAGCGUAGGACGUGUCUGGAGAUGGAGUAAUGAGUGAGAGCAGGUUUGGGACAGCUUCUAAGGACCCCCUCAAUCCCCUGGGUUCUGGCAGCGUCAAGAACAUAGUGAAAAAAAUCGAAGACUCCCUGAGCCAGAGGUCUUGUACUACAACCAGCAAAGUUCUCCGGAAAUACAACUGGCCUCUCACCAGGAAUUUGGAUAAAGUGAAACCCACUGGGGCUCUGCAGGUUGAACCGCUGCCUCCGUCAGGAAAGCCAGUGCUCUCAGUGGACAUCGGUUCAAGCAGAAAGGGUCCAAAUGACACGCAGCUCCCCAGAUACAAAGCGUCGGGGUGGGGGGGUGGCAUUCAAAAUGGACACGUUGUGAAGAAUUUACUGGAGAAAAUGCACUCAUCAGAUAGUGCCCCCAAUCUCGGAGAUCGCAUCACUUCCCGGCACCAUGGCGUAAACAUUAAACAAAAGAUAUUGCAAUGGGAGGGGAAAACGAAUGUUGUCUCCAGCAUGGACAAGCCCACAGAAGGCACUUUAUCUCCAGACCAUGCGUGUUCAUUUGCUUCCAAUGCAAAAACUGAAAGUCUGGUGGGUAACAAUAAGCGAGGCCUAGUGAAAGCUAAAAGCCUGGGACUGGAUUUCAGGGAAGGAUGGAAUGCAGGUGACCAAAAGGUAAAAAGUACUGAGAAAAAUGGGGGAGAACCGAACUCAAGAGUGUUGUCUUCUGUCUUCCCUCAAGCAAAGAAACUGGAGAACUUGGCUAAGAACAGUCCAGAUUCUGCAAAGUUGCUACCUCCGGGAAAUUUUUAUACAUCCCAGAAAUUUUGGAAGAAGAUGCAAGACAUUCCACAGGAUCAAAAUGCACUAUCUGCCUCAGAGCUGAAAAGGAAGCGAGAAAGCUCUAGUUCAACUGAAAAAGACUUGGAUUUGUCAACUUUUAAGAGCAGAGAGACUGGCACCAGGAAUGCAGAGAACGUGUACAGCACGGAUUCUGAGGAAACUGAAGAAUCGCGUGGAAUUAAUCCUGUUCCCAAACCUCGGCGGACCUUUAAGUAUGCUGUAGAUAAAAGUUCUGGUGACUCUGCCCCUCAAGUGAAGGGGAUAUCUACAAAAGAAAAUGUUCAAUCAGCACCUCCGCUCCCAACCCACCCACCACCCUCAGCAAAGAUACCUGGGACUGAAGCACAACUAAUAAAGACAAAAAGGAAAUCCUACGAGUUUGAGGACGUGGACGGUCUUAAGCUCCUCCUGACUCCUGCAGGGCAUGCAAAGAAUCACGAACAAGGUGGCAAGGAUACCGAGAAGACGCUUCCCCAAACUCUGUCCGAAGAGAACAUCUACGAGGAUAUUAUAAGUCCUUCCAAGGAAAAUCCAUAUGAAGACGUCAAAUUCACCCCAACAUUUCUGUCCAGAGGGAGGAGAGUUUGGGCAUCGCCACCCAGUCGACCCAGGAGGCCUCCAGAGCUCCCACCAAAACCCCCCGGUCUCCUGGGACAAGCUCAGGAAAGUAAAACGUUGAAAGUUGCAGACCAGAGGAAGGUUGGUAAAGACUGCACAGUCCCUUUGCUUCGCUCCAGUCCCCUGUCUGUGCCGGGCAAUCCUGAAGAUUCUGUCGGUGGAGACGUGUUUGUGAAGAAACGAAAGAAGAUCCCCAUGCUGGUUUCGAAAAUCCAGGCAGUGUACAAUGCAAAAAGAGGAAAGAAAAAGGUGAAGGCUCUGACAUCCACGGGACCAGAGUCCACGCCACAGAAAGAUGAGAAUAGUGAGACAGAGAGUGAUACGGAAGAGCAACAGAAAGCACACAGUCAGCGCCUGGUGUACGUGCACUCCACAUUGAAAAGGAACACACGAUACCAAACCCUUGAGCGAGAUUUAAUCGAAUUGCAGGAACAGCAGCUCUUUGAGUACUUUGUGGUGGUCUCACUUCGGAAGAAAGUUCCCUCAAACACCUACGAGCCGCAGGUCACACAGCAGUUUCCAAGUAAGCUGGAGAAGUCGACGAGACAAGCUCGUGAUGCUGAGGAAAGGCUGAAGGCAAUCCCACAGUUCUGCUUCCCAGACAUCAGCGAAUGGGCUGCAGUUUCCCACCUGAUCAGUGAAACCUUCUCCUUUGUUCUGACUGGUGAGGAUGGAAGCAGGAGGUUUGGAUACUGCAGGAAACUCUUGCCAAAUGGGAAAGGUAAAAGACUGCCGGAGGUUUAUUGUAUCAUCAGUCGUCUCGGCUGCUUCAAUCUCUUCUCGAAGAUAUUAGAUGAAGUGGAAAAAAGAAGGGAGCUUUCACCUGCCCUUGUCCAUCCUUUCAUGAGGAGCGUCAUGGAGGCCCCUUUCCCUGCGCCGGGUCGAGUCAUCACGGUGAAGAACUUCCUGCCGGGGUCAGGAAAUGAGGUGAUCGAGCUGUGUCGCCCCACGGAUUCAAGACUGGAACACGUAGACUUUGAAUGUCUCUUUGGCUGUUUGAAUGUGCGGCAUGUGGUCCACGUGUUUGCUUCUCUGCUCCUGGAACGCAGAGUGAUCUUUAUCGCAGACAAGCUCAGCACCCUCUCUAAAUGUGGGCAUGCAGCUGUGGCCAUGCUGUACCCAUUCACCUGGCAGCACACCUACAUCCCCGUGCUCCCUGCUGUCAUGAUUGACAUCGCUUGUUCUCCCACACCCUUCCUUAUCGGGAUCCUUUCAAACUCGGUGCCUCUGCUGAAUGACCUGCCAAUUGAGGAGGUGCUGGUAGUGGACUUGUGUGCCGACAGGUUCUUGAGAAGGAUGGAUGAUGAAGAUUCCAUCCUUCCGCACAAGCUACAAGCUGCACUAGUGCACAUCUUUGAGCAGAAGAAUGAAAUGCUUGCUUCAGAGGAAGAAGCAGAAGGUGGAGAUGCCCAGAACUCUCUCAGCACACUGGUAUCAGAAGCGUGCGUCAGGUUCUUUGUGGAGAUCGCGGGUCAUUACUCCCUGCACAUGUCGGUCAACGAGAAAGGCGAGCGGUCCUUCCAGAGAGAUGCCUUCCGCAAAUCCCACACCUCAAAAAGCAUUAGGCAAUUCCUGGAGCUUUUCAUGGAGACUCAGAUGUUCGCUGGCUUCGUGCAGGACAGGGAGCUUCGGAAAAGUGGGGUCAAAGGUCUCUUUGAGGUGCGAGCUGGGGAGUACCUGGAGACAAUCCCCGAAACUGGACCAAGCAGCGUUAAUAGGUUCCUCAAAGGUCUUGGGAAUAAAAUGAAAUUUCUUUCCAAGAAGUGAAACCAAAUCCAGUGACACAGACACUUCACCACCAUGGGUUCUAUAAUGAAGCAUCUUCGAACCGUGCUGUGUGAGUGCUCCUGAAAACACUUCCCUCCAGAAUUUGCCUUUUGCUGGCCAUUGGGUUGACUGGAGUGACCCUGGUUUGUGCAGUUUGCCCCCACACCCAUGUCUGUGUACGUCUCACUGCACUAGGUUUGGAAGCAGUCUCCGAGCAACAGGCACUGGAUUUUACUUUGCUGAAGAACAGCAGCAUUCCAUACAAGGGCAUGUCCAAUUUUGGGCCUGAUAUGACAUGAAAGGAAUUGGAAGAAGUUCAGAUGCAAAAUGGAUGUGACUGAAAGAGGUCGCUGGAUCAGUCUUGGCUGUUCUACCCUUACAGAGCUGUCCUUGCUGUCGAAAUAUCACUUCAAAUUGUUCUGGUGUUCCUUCUGAACUCCGCACCACGUGUAUGGCUGUAGUCAAAAGCUUGCACAAAGUCAUCCUAAAUGUGCCUUUCACUGUUUGAACCUGUUCUCGGGUUGGGUUCCUGUUUGAGGUCAUUGGUAUCUUAUUGAGGUUGGAGAUGUGACGCAAAGCACCAUACAGACCGUUUUUUAUCUGGGAAUGUCAGGGCCGACAUGGCACUUUUACCCCACACCACCCCUCCCCAAUCAAUACACGUGCGUAUUCACUCACACUCGUACACACAUUCAUGUGUGCACUCAAAACUGUCUCGCACUCUGAAAGUCGGUGGUUCAUGUUAUGACUGGGAUCAGCACUCUGGGGUAGAACUUGAUGGCGGUGCUGUAUAUAAGGAAGGAUGUGAGCCUUUUAGCACCCACCCAAGAGCUGCCUGAGCCAGCAGCACUGCAUGGCCAGCUGGCACCAGAGCUGUUCACCAAAUGCUGCUUCACAUAGUCCCCCAACUCAAAACUGGGACUGAUUUUUGUUUUUAAAAGAAAGUCCAUUUAUGGAAUUGAUGAUUUUGUAUCUGGGCCACAGAAGGAACUUCAUGACGGGGAUUGAUGGGAAUUUUCCCUUUCACUAUUCUGUUUGCCUCCAGUGGAAUUUCUUGAAUUUCUAAAAGUGGGGAAAAAAAGUUAAUCCAUCUAAAGGAAGGUCAUAGUUUAUAGGCUCCAAUAGCGGUGAACUGCACAACAUCUCUCUCUAUUAUCACGGAAACGGUCGCUAGUUUACCCCUGUCCUGAAGAGGUGUGUUUUUGUUGUACUGCCACCUGCCCUGGCAACUGUGAGCCACUCAAAUGGUCAGGUCACCUUUGUGGGGGCCCGGAUUUAGCAAAGUCCCGUCUAACCUGGCUGCCUUGCAUUCCUGUUCUCUCUCAGCCAUGUAUUUCCUCCUUCACUAUAAAGUGAUGAGAUGUGGGAGAUGUCACUGAUUUUAGUUUCCUCGCAGUCCAGAGUGACUGAAGCCAGUUGGGUAAAUGAAUAUAUUCUUAAACUGCACAGGAGCUGGGGAAAGGUUAAGUCAUAGGCUCAGUGCAAACUUCCACUUGAAUGUCAGAGCAUCGUGGACACGUCCUGGUUCGUGCAGUCUGUGGAGUGCCGCGGUUGGUAAGGCAGGAACUUCCCGUACUCAGUGGAUGUGAAGGUUCUGUCAACACUUCAUGAGUGUAAUUCGGCCCGUCUGCAGUGAGUCCUGGAUCGUUCACAUGACCUGAAUGCGGCUGGUGGUCUCUCUGCCCUUGUAUGCUUCGUAAGGUUAGUUACAGAGAGUGUGUUUGGGUUUGUUAAUGUUUAUAAGCUAGUCUUGUAAAGUUCAGUGGCUGCUGUCCUGGUAAAACACAGAUCUACUCUGAUGGCACUGGAACCCACCCAUGCAAUGUAGCCUGUGGGUGAUAGACUCAGCGAAGGCCAGUUUACAGACUUGCUGAACGGCACAAGGUACACUGAUCUUAAUCAACAGUAGGACAGAGCACCCCAACAGCCCAUUGAGCUUGCAAGCAUCCAACAGCCCUGCUGCCAAACGUUCUAUAACUGCAGCCACACAAGCCCUUAGGGUCUUACCAUAGGCAUAUGUUACCCAUCAGAGGCAGCUGCUGAGUGUUUCCAGCACUUUCUAUUUCAGACUCCCAUUCAUUGGGAGUAGCCAAAGAACACACACCAACAGCACUAAACAAGAGGGAUAAGUCUCCCUUCCUCCCUGCGUGGGCAAUCUUUGCGUUUGUACCUGUAUAACGUUCAGUCUUGUUCUGUGCCAUUUUGUCCUGGGAUAGAGAUGCACGUGCAGGCACGUGUGGCUGUCUCCCUGGAGCUCUCAGAACUUUUCACAUGAUUUGCACAAAUAUUCUCCUGACGUUGGCCAUCGUUUGCGAAUAAAUUGAAUGUAAUGUGUGGAGGUAGAUUUCACAGGCGUAUUACAUUUAACAUAAAGCGCUUAGUGAUAUCCUGAGGUGGCAUUGUAUAGAUUUUUUUUAUUAAUCUUUUGUAUAAAUCUUUUCAUUACCCAGAGGAAGUAUGGACACUUCACCCUCUCCUCUCCCCCUCUUUCCAACCCCACCCCCCACCACCCUGCUCUGCCCUGGUGCUGAGCUCUUUAUGGGGUUCAAGGGACCAGGCCUGAAUUAUUACGGAAGGUCACUACAGAUUACAGACCAUAGCUGAGGAUUGCGUGUUGUAGGAGAACUGCAGUGGACGUUUGUUGUAGUAAACUGAUUUUCAGAAGUCAGUGCAACCACUAAUACCUGGUACACCAAGACAGCUGCCGUGCCUCUGUGUGAGAUCUGGUGUUACGCCGCAUCGAAUCUUUGCAAUGUGACGGGUCGGUGCUGCUUGGUGCCUGUAUAUGUAGGAGAAAUAACUGUAACAAAUAUUUGUUUACAUGUGAAUUGUAAAAUAAACAUUUUGAACCUACA